GGAAUUUGAGCCCGCGGCGGGUGUGUUGCGCGGACAGUGUCUAAUAAAACUGUACUAGCUGUUUUUGUCCUCGACCUCCUGCUCAACGAUCCGCUCGCGUGCCAACAUUCAUCAUGUACCAGGCGCACACCAUAUUACAGUGAAAAGUGUCCCCCACCCCCAAAGUGGCAAAAAUUUGUGAUGCGAAGUUUCCAAAUGAAAACUUUUUGUCAUGCAUGAAAGGAAUAUGAAUCUUUCUGAUACAGAUUCUAGUGGUGUUUUGCAUCGCUUGCAUGACAAGCACCGCUCUUGCUGGGAUCUUUUGCAAUACAAAUUUUUGCUAUUCACGAUCGGAAAUCUGUGAUGCUGAUAGAUGCAAGAGGGCGAGUGUUUCAUUUGGAAAGGUUUGCAAUACAAAUGCUUUCAAGUUUGGGGGUGGGGACAUUUUUCAUUGUGAAGAUACACCAACUUUUCGAAUCGCUACUCCACGAGCAUCGCCCGCCUGAUGCAAGGUGAUAGUAUCGAAUGCGAACAUGUCUGGGUCUGGAAACUUGUGAUGCUGGUUGGCGUAUCAUGAGGAGGCCACAAGUGCUCGCUCAGCAUGACAAGUUUCUGAGGUUCUAGGUGUUGCCUAUUCUGCAUGACAACCUGCGUUUCUGCAUGACAGAAAAAUGGCGCUCUGGAAGAAUCCUGCUAUCGAAUGCGAACAUGUCUGGGUCUGGAAGAAUGUUGGAGACACUCUGCAUGCAUUUGGUUAUACUCUUCAAGACGGUCACGGUGUUGUUGUCGGUCCGGAAUGAAGAACUACGAAUGCUUCUCCAUGCCAACCCUGCAUGGGAAGUGCCCUCUUCUGGAGACAAGAAGUGUGCGUCUUUUGCUAACUAUAAUGCAACAGAGAUUUAUUUUGAUCUUGCCUCCUGCUCCAGACUUAUCCGCAUCACAAGUUUCCUCGUAUUUUUUCCAGACCCAGACACAUUUGCAAGCCAUAGACAGACUCGACGAGCAGCGCGGUUACAGCGAGAAGCGCGUUGCGAGGUCGGAGAAGGAGUUCCACGAGAGGAUGCGGGCCAAGCACGGCGGUGCCACAAACUCCUACCCGGGGGCACCAGGAAACGAGAUGUUGGACCCGGUGUAUGCGGACACAGACCUGAUUCCGCCGAAAAUUUUCCAUCUCCCCGCGGUAUCAACUGUAAAAAUGUCUGGGUCUGGAAGAAUUCAUGUUUGUCAUGCUUGUCUGGCAUGACUCUUAAAUCUGUCAUGCACGUUACCCAAGAGCUCCGCUUUUCUAUGAUGCAGAAGCGCAGUUUGUCAUGCAGAAUAGGCAACACCUAGGAGCUCAGAAGCUUGUCAUGCUGCGCCAGCAUUUGUAGCCUCAUCAUGAGACGCCACCCAGCAUCACAAGUUCCCAGACCCAGAGACUUUUACUUUUGAUACGCGGGUCCCGUCGACUGGGCCGAUCUGGUAGUACAACAGGGGUGUGAUUAUUACAAGCGCCGACAGAUCAUGGACGAGGGAGGAGCAGGAGACAAUAGUUUGCACGACCUGGGGCUGCAAAAUAUCAAAGUACAACCAGCGGUGGAACAAGUGCAGGAAGCUGCUGCAUCAUCUACUUCAUCAACUUCGUCUACUACGCACUUAGGCAUCAAGAUCAAUACGUCCGAGCAAGAAAAAUCGACCGGUCAAGAAGGGCCACGGGGGAAGCAGAUGGAGGACAGUCGCGAGGCAGCCGGUCCUGCGUUUCGUGUGGACGGCGAAUUUUCAUUGGAUGCGGAGUUGGAAGAGCGCGUGCUGAGUGGGUAUCAAAUGCAAAUAUGUUGUCUGGGUCCGGAAAGGUGAAACUUGUCAUGCUGCUCUUGGAUUCCAAAAAUAUCUGUAUUGCCUGAGCAGCAAGAGGAAUCUACCUUUUGUUAUGUCAGCAGGGUAUUUCUCAAGCGGGAUCGGCAUCAAAGAGCACUCAGAACAUCUGUGAUGCUAGCGAAUACAUCACAGACGUCACGGGUGGUCAUGUAAAAUCUGCAUGACAAGUUGUAGCCUUCCAGACCCAGACAUAUUUGCACCGGAUAGUGGGAAAGCCGACAUGAGUCGGGAACUUUUCCAGCGCGGUCCGGUCGGGGAACGUUUCGCGCAAGAGCUGCCGGUAUGCAUUGCAAAAAUGUCAGGAGUUUGUCAUGCAGAUUUUGCAUGACCGCCCAUGAGGUCUGUGAUGCAUGCCCUCGCAUCAGAGAUUUUGCGAGGGCUUUCUGAUGCUCAUUCCGCAUGAGAAAUGAUCUCUCCGCGUAGCACAAAUUUUUACACCUCUUUUGUUGUUCAUGCAAUACAGAUUUUAUGCAGAGUCCAAAGGUAGCAUCACAAGUUCCAACCUUCCAGACCAAGACAUAUUUGCAAUGCAUAUCCGGAAGACGCUUUUGACGGACUGGUGGUGGGAUUCCAGAACGGUCGGCCGGUGCAUCGACGUCGUGUACUUCAGCGGGCAGCUAUCAAAAGGAAAAAUCCACCCUCCCAAGAUCGAAAACGAAACUUGUAAUGCUGUAUUAAUUUGAGUACACCAAUCGACUUGUAUUCCUAGAAGGCCAAGGGCCGCAGUUGUGGCCUCGUUUGCAAGCAAUUUGUCAUGCUGGUUGUCGCUUCCAGCUGUCUCCUGUCAUGCUGAAGAUGCAAGGCUUUGUUCCCACGCAGCCCAGUACUACAGUCCGCAUCUUUAAUAUUCCCCUUCUGGCAGGACCAAGCGGAUUUGUGGCCGCAAAUCUGCAUCACAGAUUUGCGUUUUGAUAUGGGGACGAAGGGGCAUUUUUCAUAGUAACAGCAUCCAGGUUUGGAAACCACCAGUACCAGGUAUCAUAUGGAAAAACGUCCCCACCCCAGAGUUGUCACGCAGAAUUGCAUUGACGAGGACAUUUGUGAUGCGCACACCCACGGUAGCCAUUUCCAGUCGUGUUUUGGAAUUUGUGAUGCUGUGAACAGGAUAAGCAUAUGGAUCUGGUGUGAUGCGGCUGCACUUGCUAACCUGCACUACACUACGGAAUGCAAUUUGUCAUGCGUGACGUCCAAGGCUCCUAGGUUUGUGUUGCAAAAUACCCAUCUUGACUCUGGUGUGGGGACGUUUUUACUCAGGAUACCAGGCCGCACUCGUGGGUAUGUGUGGCAAAAGCAUAUCGCACCAUUUGAAAUCAUUCGUCCAUCUCAUUUUUGCAAAUUUGUCCUGCACGACAGAUGCAAUUUUUUAUAACGCUGCCUUCAUUUUUUUAGUCCAGGGCUAGGAAAGAGAUUUUUGUUUUUCAUGUUGGAGCACUGGGAUUUAUGCGACUGCGAUCAUGCUUUUGCAUUGCAUUGUAAACGCGUUCCAGAGAUCGGGGGCGGACCGCGUUGUUUUUCCACCGGACGGUGUAGUUGACCGUGCAACACUCAUCGCAAACAGCAUCACAAACAGCCCCAGAAGUGGCACGACGACGACCACAGGAACGACGGCAGAUGGUGAGACCAGGAAGAGCAUGAAUGCAAGAAGCCCAGGACGUAGUGGUUCUACACACCACGACGGCCCCCGUGAAAAGCAGCAGUUCCAACCGGCGGCGCGGAGUUGCACACAGGGUCGUCGUGCAGUGGAUGUGAAUGUUGAUGGAGAUAAGCAAGAACCAGUUCCACAGAUCAUGAUGGACCACAGCAAAACAUCAAACAAAUCACCCGCUCAACUUCCUCCUCCACUCUCCAGCACCGUAUGGAAAUCCGCUUACUUCGCGGAGCAGACCGCGCGAACGGAAAAAAUUACCGCGUCGUUCCGGAAACCCUACCCUAUCAACUGCAAAAAUGUCUGGGUCUGGAAGAAUUCAAGACUUGUCAUGCAGGUUUUCCAUGACGCGUGAGGUCUGUCAUACAUGACCCAGCAUGACAGAUUCUCCUCGAGCUCUAUCAUGCCUCUUCUGCAUGAGAAACUCCCUCUCAGCUUGGUCAAAAGUGGACAGCUUUUGGUAAUCAUGCAACACAGAUCCUUGCACUAUCCAGAAUUAGCAUGACAAGUUGGAUUCUUCCAGACCCAGACAUAUUUGCAAUGCAUAUACCCACCGAACCACCCACGGCCGCCGGGUGUGACGCCCGAGGUUUUCAGAACUUUCUGCGACUUGGGGAGGAUACGAGUAGAAUUUAAAGACGCGAUUUUUCCACGAUAUACCGGUUAUUCACCGACGCGCACUCUCUUACAAGAGGUGAUGCGGGGAGAAGAACACAAAAAUGAGCCAGACAAGACCUCUAUCAAAUGCAAAAAUGUCUGGGUCUGGAAGGGUGCAACUUGUGAUGCUGCGUUUGGAUUCCAAAAAAAUCUGUAUUGCAUGAGCAGCAAGGGUAUGAGUGUCUUUUUUCUACGGGAAGAGGACAUUUGUCAUGCGGAAUAGGCAUCCGCAUCCAGAAGCCCUCAAAAAAUCUCUGAUGCUAGGGCAUGCAUCACAGACCACAUGGCUCAUGCAAAACUUGCAUGACAACUCUCAGAAUCUUCCAGACCCAAACAUUUUCGCACUUGAUAACCUCUCCCGCAGCGGUCUUCCCGCCCGUGUGGAACAACGGCCGCUACACAACGGAUGUGGCCGCGAUAGGUGCAAAGAGGAUGAUCGGCGGUAAUAAAACCACGACACAUGAUCAACAUCAAUUAGAACCGGGCGGAGCAACCAGCAGAAGUGUACGACAGGCCUCCACUUGUUCUUCUCAAUCCAGGUUCAAGUGGCCAACCGGUAUCGUCAGUCCGGAAAAUGCGCAGGAACUUUACCGGGGACUCUUUCUUCAAGAGCCUGAAUCUUCAGCAGGAGGCGUAGCAGGUUCUCCCGGAGGAGGUACAGCGCCAGCUAUAAUUGGCGAUCUGGCUACUUCUCCCCGACGGUCCUCUUGGGCGGCAGUGCAACUCUCUGAUGAUGAGGAGGAGGAGGAUACCAGCCCUGAGUCUUCAUCUGCAGCUCGACGGCAAUUCAUUCCGGCGGAAACAAAGAAUGCAAUUGCAAGCCCAUCAGCGACCCGCACCGACAGAGCCCCACUUCAUAUCUCAACGGAGAGCAAGAAUCCCAAAACCUUGACGUGCCACAUCACCGGCUCUUUCGGAUUUUCCGGGAAAGAGUUCCAGUUAAAAUACCCGGGAUUGCGUCUGGAUGGAAGGAAAGGCCUCUCUAUCCUGUGUAAAAACGUCCCAACCCUAUAGUCAAGAUUGGGAUUUUGCAACACAAACCUCGGAGUUUUGGAAGUCGCGCAUGACAAGUUGCACUCCGUAGUGUAGUGCAGGUUAGCAAGUGCAGCCGCAUCACAGAUCCAUCUGCUGAUCCUGUUCUCAGCAUCACAAAUUCCAAAACACGACUGGAAAUCAUGUCUACCAUGGGCAUGCGCAUCACAAAUGCCUUUGUCAUUGCAAAUCUGCAUGGUAACUCUGGAGUGGGGACGUUUUUCCUCAGGAUACUCUCGCUGCGGCGCAUCAAGCGGGACAUUGCGGUCCAGUUGUGUGGGCGUCCAGGGUACGCAGUGCAGAAGUGUCGUACUCGUAAGGGGAAAUCGCAUUACAAAUGAGCUCAGCAGGAUGACAAAUGGAAUUUGUAAUGCUGAUUUAGCUCAAGAGUAUGGUCUGCACCCGUCAUGCAAAAUUCCGCAAUAAUUAGAAUUAGGAUUAGUUACGAGUACGAUAUUUUUGCAACGCAUACAGACGUCUUUUCGCAUCUGCAAAUUCUCGACAUGAAAAUCUACGACCCUGUUGCAUCCUCGCCACCGUCGUCGCCGCCCCUUUCUCCAGCUGCCGGCGACUCGUUGGCGCCGGAGUUUUUGCUGAUAAGACGGCAAGAUGAAGCUGCAAUGGAGUUGACAGAAAAUACUUCUUCCCCAGGAGCCACGACCGAUGGUGAUGGGCUCGCGGACCACGACAAGACGAGAUUAAUAGAAACACCGGCUGCGAAGAUGAAGCCAGUAGUUUUGCAAGCUUUUUUGUCCUCCGGGGCGGCAGUUAAUCCUGGUUUCAGCCCACCGUUUCAGUUUCCAGUGCCGGACGUGCGGGAAGUACAGGAUAGUGGUGGCGACGAGGAGGAUAGUUUGUCCGAUCCUGCUGAAAGAGUUGUGCAUCAUGAUGAUCGUGAAACUAAGAACUCGUCCGGGGGGCCAGCAACUGCCCCCCACCAACCGCGAAGUAGAACACCGGCAGAGCUGCGACCCACCGUGGCUGCGCCCGCACCUUCCUCCGCGAAGCCAAAAGACGCUUGCGUCACGACCUUCGAAAAGGCGCUGGAAGCGAAGCAGGCACGACUGACGUUCUCCGUGAAGAAAGAUGGGAGUGAACAAAAGAGUACUUCUGCUGGAGAGGGAGGACCAGAGCAAGCGCUUCCCCCGGAUGAACACGAAAUGCUACAAACAGUACCACGAAAGGAAGUAGAAGACCCCGCGCAAGAAAACGAAGACCUUCUGCUCCCGAGACGAGAGAUCCACCUGCAACUGCAAGUCAUCACGACUCAACGGCUGGAAUUAACGCUGUUUGGCCGACGGGUUCCGGACCUGAUCACCGUGUGUCUUGGCCUGGCUUCGGACUUUGGAAUAGACCAUGAUUGUAAUCUAUGGAUUGCAAAAGUGUCUGGGUCUGGAAGAUAGCGAGAUUUGUCAUGCUAGUCUCGCAUGACCAAAAAGUUUGUGAUGCGUGUCCAAGAAGAGACCCUUUUGCCUGUCAUGCAAAAACGCAGUUUGUCAUGCGAAAAACGCAACACAAUGAAGCGCAGACGUUUCUCAACAUGCUUGGCUGUGCAUCACAGAGCAUUUACUAUUCCCAGCGCAGCAUUACAAGUUUCAAGACCCAGACAUAUUUGCAUUUGAUAUAAUCCGGGAAAGAAGAUCAGGAUGAAGAAGCCACAAGCACUGCGGCUGGAAGAGACGCGGGCAGCGCCGGCGGGAGGGGAAGAACAGAAACGAACGGAAGCAGAAGAAGCAGAAAACACGCGUGGUGGUCAACAGCAUCUUGAACAACCACCACCACCGCCGCGGAUACCACCACCGCAGCGCAUUCGGAAAACCACCACCGCCGCGGAUAUUCUGGCGGCCUCCGGGAAGAAAGGGUUGUCCCCGCCUACAAGUAAAACAAUUAGCGAGUUGCCGGCGGGGGUGAAGUAUCCUGUGCAAAAGUAUCGCACUCGUAAAAAUGCAAGUCUUGCAUUACAACUCUUCUUCUUAAGGUAAACCCGCAUUACAAAUUUUAUUUCUCAUGCUGAGGAAAUUUGUAAUGCAUUUAUACGAGUACGAUACUUUUGCAGUUCAUAUCAAGGGGAAGAACUUCUACUGUGUUGAAGUGGACGAGGUGAUGUGGUGCGAAAUUCCACUGAAUGGCGAAUUUGCGGACCAGAGGUUCAGCAGUGCGGACGGGAGUAGCAUCAACACGCGUUAUGGGGUGCCGUUAGUUUUCGAUGGGUUGACAGACCAUCCGGGAGCGCGGAGUACGGAGAAGAAGAAGAAGAUUCUGGCUUGAUGGAUUCAAUUGGCAUGACAAACUGCCAUAGUUUCAACCUGAUCGGAUUAAUGAUGAUGUUUUUGACGUUCAUUGGGAUCCAGAUUUACGCAUGACAAACCAGCACCCGUCUGGGUACGCUUUUGCAUUCUGAUUGCACUUUUUCUUUUUCUAUUCGUGCGUCUAAUUGCAACUGCAUGACAAUAAACUUGGACGACAGCCAGAAUUUUUCUACUUGAUACAAGAAGCUUCUCUGGAGGAGCACGACGCAGUUAUCAUGUGAAAGGAAGGGCGACGCACAACACGGUUGUCAUGCGGAAACGAGAUUGUCAGUUAUACGAAAUAAUCUCGGUGAUGUGUCUCCGCAUGACAAAUCUUAUGUGCUAUUGCUGCUUUGUUUCGACUUCAUAAUGGUCGUGGUGCACACGGACGGUACGGAGUCGCAUAUCAAAAACAAAAAUAACUGGGUCCUGAUCGAAGUCGCAAUGUUGUCAUGCUAGGUCAAGGUGAAAACAGAAAGUUGUCGUGCAUGGACACCGAAUGUUCUUCAUUUUUCUAAUGCAUAAUCCGUAUUCAUCAAAAUCAGACUCAGAGGCUGAGCGUGCAUGCCAAACCACCUUACUGGUCGCGCAGAAGGCGCUGCGUCAAAAACAUGCGUCUUCCCCCCAGAAGGAUCCAGACCAGUUCUCACUGCAUAUCACGAGUGGUGGUGCAGCUCAUGAGGGUGAGGCGGGAUGCGUUCAGCCGGACUACGCAGGUCGGCGCGUUUUAGAAGAACUUUUUCUUCCGACACAACAGUGUCCAAGCUGCAAUGGCUUUACACCAGUGAACAAAACUACCUUUUCGAACCUAGCGAAGGUGUAGAAGGAGAACGCAAUUGAGUCCAAGCUGUCCAUGAUCUCGAGAGCCAACUCAUGAAAUCAUCUUUUGAAAAAUUGAAGUACGUCCUCGCAACCGGCGGAAACUUUGUGACGAAGAGACCAGGUGGGGCACGCAACCGUGCUUCUACGCAUAUAGACUUCUGCGUCAUUGUGAGUACGUACGUGGUGCUGAGUGCGCUUAUUUUUUCACAGAGAGUUGUUGUCACAGCUACUGCAAUGUUGACAGAGGGGUUAUAUUGAUGCACCACAACUACAGGAGCGUCAAGGAAACGUCUUAUCUUCCUUGUCGAGCGAAGGAAGAGAGGUGUUGGAGGUGUUAUCGGAGGGUUUGGAGAAACUGCUAAAUAUGGA